GAUCCUGCCUCAUCCCCCCAAAACCAGCGUGUGACACCCCCAGGGAGUCUCUGCUCCAGGCUGGACAGUGGGAUCUGAACUCAGCUUAUUGAUUGUAUCUAUUGGUGUGUGAUGAGCUCUGGGGAGGGAGCUGAGAACUCGGCAGUAUCGAGCAGGGGAUCCCAAGUGAGUUUCAAUACAGGUGGUGGCCAGCUUGUCUUGUGCCUGUCAUCUGUGGGGGAACCUGCCCUUGAGGACAGGCAGCAGCUCAUGCUUGUCCUGAGCCCUGGAUUUCCCAGCAGCCACGUGCCAUGCUCCCCUGGGAUGGAAAAUCCCUGACAAGGGCUUGCUGGCCUGGCUCCCCCCACCACUGCUCUUGCUUCGUCCUUGUGCUCCCCAGCUUGGACUUUAAGCGUCUUCUGCGGCUUGGCUGUCACCUGGUGACUGGGGAGAGCUGCGGUGCCACACCAGACACUCCUCCCCACCAGCAGCCUAAGCCUCUUAGGGGCUUCUCCACAGGAAGGGUUUGCUGCAGCAGCACCCAGAGUGCUGCCCCUUCCCCUGGCAGGGGAGGCAGGCAGCGUGCAGCCCCAAGCACGUGGAGCUCCGCAGCUUCCCAGCCAGGGCACCAGCCCCAAGGUCACAGCCUGCUGCUUGCUCUUGACAGUGCCUUCACUUCCUCAGUUGCUUUUGCCAGCAUCUUAAACCCCCUGAAAUUCGUCCCAGUGCGUUUUCCCCUUUCCAUGCUGCCUGGCUGGGGUGGGGCUCACAGCAUCUGCAGACCCCAGGUCCUCAUAGACCCUCCACAAAGCCCUCGAGCAGCCCUCACUAACAAAACUCAGCAGUCAACAGCAAGGCUCAGCUCUUUGCCAGAGAAGUAGCUGGUUCUGCUGGCUUCAUAGAAAACACUCCCAGAUCCCUGUAAUCCUAUUUGUUGGAGUCCAACUAAUUGCAAUCAGUAGCAGAGUCUGAAGUUCAAUUAAAGUGUGCCCAGAUUAUUCCUUUUUGUAAUUGCUUUAGAGCUGGGAUUAUGGCAAGCUUUGGAGUGAUACUGUCUUGUGGACAGUGGAGUUGCUGGGCAGGGCAGGCAGGGGAUGCCCAGCCCCAGUUCUGCCCUAUUUUGGCCUGCAGUGCCCAUACCCAGGCAAGGCUCAAGCUGUCUGCUGUGCUGGCACUAGCAGGGACAAUGCUAGGACAGCAGCCCUCAUGCCAGGACCUUCACUGGGCUUCACUGCAGGCAGGAGCCCUGGCAACAUCACUCUAUAGAUAAUGGUUUUGUGGGCAGACCAUUCUCAGCACCCAGACAACCUAAAAGCCUGGCAUACCCCAGUGGUUGAAUUGUGCCAGCUCUGCUGAUGGUAUCUCCUGGCACAUCUGGCCUGCAGUUUCUGCCAUUAGUGCCUUGCCCUGUUGGGGUCAGCCCCUUUGGUUCCCAGCUUCCAGAUCCUCGAAGAACUGGCCAGGCUGUGUCUCAUCUCUGCCCCCAGGAUGGAGUGGCACAGGGUGUAGGGAAUCCUCUGCAAGAGAUGCCUCAGCAGUCUGGGGCAAAGGCAGGAUCCCUCCUGGCACUGUCAGUCCCAGCAGCACUAAUCCAGACCCCCCCUCCCCAUCCACCCCAGCGGGGCGGAGCAGGGGGAAGGACAUCAGAUUACCCCUUGGAGAAGAAGGGACAGAAAUAAUCCUAUUACCCCAGCACAGGAUAAAUCUGCCCUCCCCUAAAAGCCACCCAGAGCAUCUACUGGACGUGUGCCUGUGGGAGGAGGACAGAGGUCUCCUGUGGAGCAGCACUGGCCUUGGGGACCACAGCAGCUGUGUGUGAGGAGCCACUCUGUGCCAGCACCAGACCCACAAGGACAACAGUCACCUGGGGCAGGCUGCCAACCCUGGCCCAGCCAUGAGUCUGGAGCUUCCCAAGCCAGAGAUCAAAUCAGCCACGAGGGUGACAGGGGGACCUGCCACCCCCCGCAAAGGGCCACCCAAAUUCAAGCAGAGGCAGACAAGGCAGUUCAAAAGCAAGCCCCCCAAGAAGGGGGUGCAGGGGUUUGGUGAUGACAUCCCAGGCAUGGAGGGGCUGGGAACAGACAUCACCGUCAUCUGUCCCUGGGAAGCCUUCAGCCACCUGGAGCUGCAUGAGCUGGCCCAGUAUGGCAUCAUCUAGUCAGGCCAUGGCCACCUCUGGCCACCCAGCCCCAUAGGGCCGUGUAGAUAGAAGCCAUCCCAUCACUGUGGUGAGGCUCAGCCUGGAGAAACGAUCAUUAAAGCCCAGAGUGAGUGCAGGA